GCCGAAGAAAAAACUGUUCGAACUCAAAGAGGCAAAGAGCGGGCGUAUACGUAAUGCAACGUAUACGCAAUAUGCUCUUAACGCGCGCCGAAUGCGAGCAGAUCUUAAAGAACAUGUUGAAUGCAACAGAAGAGCUGUGGCAACUAUUGGACUAUCGACUGGAAAGGGAUACAACAGCUGUGGGCUAUCUGGGAGAUUAUUAUACGCUGACACUGAGCUAUUGCACUGCUGACCCAAAAAAUGUUCAAACUCGCCAACUUUUUGUUAAAGCGCUGCCACAGCUCAGCGAUGAGAUGGAAAAAGAGGCAAUUUUUCGCAAAGAGGCGUGGCUAUAUGAUAACCUGCUCACAUACAUGCAAGAAUAUUCCAAUGUCAAAUGGAGCGCCAAAUGUCUUUACACUCGACCAGAUCUCAUUGUGCUGGAGAACAUCAAGCUAGCUGGCUAUCGAGCUGCUGCAGAGAAGCUGCUGAGCGAGACGCAGCUGCAACAAUUGCUACGCAGCAUGGCUGCAUUUCAUGCGUCCAGUUUGGUUUACGAGCAGCGCCAGAACUUUAAUAUUGGACGCGAGUGUAGCGAACGAUUGCAGGAGAUUACAGUCGCAUCCAAUAUAGCCUGGUUUACCACUGGGAUCUCCGCGGUGCUCGCUGUGAUUAAGAGUCUGCCACAGUAUCAGGCGAACAGUUGGAUCGAUCAACAGUUGGCCAAGAUGGUGGAGCGAGUUUAUGAACAGGUUUCACCCUCGACGAAAUAUCGGAAUGUGCUCUGCCAUCGUGAUCUAUGGGCGGGCAAUGUUUUCUUUCCAGCUGAUCCACAGGAUGCAGCUAUACUAGUUGACUAUCAGACCUGUCGCUACAGUCCACCAGCUGUCGAUUUGUGCUUCUGUCUGUACUUAAAUCUAACAAGCACCGAGCGACAGCGCCUCGAAUCGAAAAGCCUUGAUUUCUAUUACAAUUGGCUGCAGCAGAGCUUGCAGCAGUUUGGCUUGCAAUCAGACGAAAUAAUAUCCAAAGAGGAACUGCUGCAGUCCUACGAAAAGUUUCGUCUCUUUGCUACGGUCUACAGUGCUGUGGCGUCCACAAUUAUCAAGGUGCCUCCCGCAUUCGUGACGAACGAAUUCAAAUACAUAGAUCGCAGCGCUGCUAUAAUGAAACAUAUGCGAGAGAAUGCAGUAUUCAGAGACGAAAUGGAAAAGUGUUGUAUAGAAGUCGUUGAGAUUGCUAUGGAUAAUUUAUAGCUGCCUCUCUCUCUCUC